AUGUCGAGAACUUCCACUGCUGCUCGGCUCCCUCAUGCCGGUUCCUCGACCACGACUAAGUCGCCUUCCUCCGUGGCCGCAACAGAUAGCUCCAGAAAGCCCACAUCCGACGCAUCCUCGAUAGGUACCUCGACCGCUCGAAAUCGCAAGAGAAGUCAUCCACACCCGUACCUCAGCGGCAAUUUUGCUCCUACGAAGAAGAUCCAAAGUCUGACAGCAUGCACAUACUCAGGGAGGAUACCAAAAGAGCUGAUCGGGGGUGAAUAUGUUCGAAAUGGCGGCAAUCCUGUAGCAAAUGAAGACUUAGGCCGAGACGCACACUGGUUCGAUGGCGAUGGCAUGCUCAGUGGUGUCGCAUUUACGCGAACUGCAGAUGGUGUCCAACCAGAGUUCGUCAAUCAAUACAUCUUGACCGACAUCUACCUGUCGACGGUAUCCUCAAAACACCUGUGCGCCCCAAUCCUCCCCAGUAUUGCAACGCUAGUCGAUCCUCUGUCCUCGUUGUACCAGAUCAUAGUCACGGUUUUCCGCACAAUACUGCUUGUCGUAUUAUCGCGACUUCCAGGCUCAACCCAAGUCAUCAAGAAAAUCAGCGUGGCCAACACGGGGGUCUUGUUUCAUGAUGGGCGUGCCCUCGCAACUUGUGAAUCUGGUCCUCCAAUGAGAAUCGUUCUUCCGGGCCUCGAGACUGUUGGCUGGUUCAAUGGGAAAAGAGCAGGUGGAGAGAUGGGAGGCGAAGAAGGCCCAGGAUUUGGCGGAAAGGGGUUACUGCGAUUCAUGAAAGAAUGGACUACGGCACACCCUCGUGUCGACCCAAAGACGGGAGAGCUGGUCCUCUUCCACUCGACUUUUGCCCCUCCAUAUGUACAUUAUUCGAUUAUACCUGCUACUUACCCGCCUGCCAUCUCCUUUUCGCCGCUCGAACGACCGACAAGGCUCCUGAACGCCCCGGUCCCGGGUGUUUCAUCGGCGAAGAUGAUGCAUGAUUUCGGUGUCUCUUUUCACCAUACUGUCAUCAUGGACUUGCCUCUGUCGCUGGAUCCCUUGAACUUGACAACGAGUAAACCCGUGGUUGCCUAUGACCCGACUUCCCUAUCUCGAUUUGGCGUCUUUCCUCGAUACUUUCCGCAGAAGAUUGUGUGGUUUAAGACAAACCCAUGCUGCAUUUUCCACACGGCUAAUACGUGGGAUGAUCAGGUGGUUGACAAGGCGACGGGGCACAUGAAGACGACUGCUGUCAAUAUGCUCGCAUGUCGACUGACUUCGGCUUCGCUCAUUUACUCCGCUGGCAACGUUCCCUGUCCGCAACCGACAUCUAACGAGUCUGAUCGUGAAGAAGAACAGUGCCGGCUCUACUACUACCAGUUUUCAUUAGCCCAGCCGGAAGAGAAUGGCAUAACUCACCAGUUCGGAUUGAGUGCCGUCCCCUUCGAAUUUCCCAACGCCAGGAAAGACAGAACAAUGGAUGAGGCGAAAUAUAUCUUUGGUUGUUCCACUUCCAGGGGUACAUUUGGUACCGCCCUUGGUCGCGCUGUCAAGAUCGACUGCUUGGUUAAGGUAGAUGCCGAGACACUAAUCAAGCGAGGCAAGAAUGAUUCUCAUCUCCGGUCUAUCACUGGAUGUGUGGAUACAAGGUCUGUCAACGAAAUUCUCGAGUCUCAAGAGGAGGAUGACCCCAUCUCCAUUUUUCGCCUGCCACCAGGCUGCUAUGCUCAAGAGCCACAUUUUGUACCGCGUGAAAACGGCACUCGUGAAGACGAUGGCUGGCUGCUGACCUACGUCUUCGACGAAUCACAGCUAGACUCGUCUGGAGAAUGUCGCCCUGACGCCAAAAGCGAGUUGUGGGUCAUUGACGCCAGAGACAUGAAGACGAUCGUUGCUCGUGUGCAUCUGACCCAGAGGGUGCCUUACGGUCUGCAUGGCAAUUUCUUCACCGAGAAACAGGUCGAGUCGCAACGGCCCGUUGACACAAUCAGGGCCAUCCAACAGAGGAGCCAGGCCGAGCGGCAGGCGAGCUGGUGGCUAGCUGUCAGGAACAGGCUGGAGAUGGCUCUCCGAUGA